AUGUUUCCUGCUGUUGAGAUUACACCUGAUAAUGAGAAUCUAAUUCCCCCUGUAAUUAUUGAACUGGAUGAUAUUGAGGAUGAAAUUACUUUCUGGAAAUCAGCAAUUGUUUGCUAUGUGUUGGGGGCUAACCCUCCCCAACAUGUCAUGGAGGGUUAUGUUCAUCGAAUUUGGGGGAAACUGGGAGUAGACAAAGUAGCAAUGGUGGGGAAGGGGCUUCUUCUCAUUAGAUUUGCCACUAUGGAAAACUGCCAGAAGGUGAUCAAUGGUGGUACUCAGUUUUUUGACUCCAAACCAUUGAUCAUCAAACCAUGGUUUGAAGAGAUUAACUAUGCUAAAGACCCAAUCAAACAGGUUCCUGUGUGGAUUAAGCUGCCUGGACUUGAGGUGAAAUAUUGGGGAGAGAAGAGCUUGUUUAAAAUUGCAGGACAAGUUGGACAUGAAGGAAAUAUUUCCUUUGGACAAGCCAUUAGAGUUGAUCAAGCAACUAAGAAUAGGGAUAAGCUAAUGUUUGCAAAGAUUCUAGUUGAAGUCACAAUUGGUCAACACUACCCUAGAAUCAUUCAGUUUGUGAAUGAGAAAGGGGCACUAAUGGAGAAAAGUGUGGAAUAUGAAUGGCUUCCCAUUGAGUGCACCCACUGCAGGGGGAUUGGGAAUGCUAGCCAUGCCUGUUCUAAGAACAACCCAAAGCAGAACAAGGCCACUAAGGUGAUAGAAGAGAAAGCCAAUGAACAAGUGAUCACCACUCUUGAUACAGAAGGGUUUGUGAAGGCAACAUCUUUCGGCAGGCAACACUACCAGCAACUGAAACCAGUUAACACAAGGAAUAGAUUUCAGACACUGGGGCUCAAUGAUGAUAAUGAUGGUGAGGUAGACUCUGACACUGAGGUGUUUAGGGAUGGUUUGUUAGAUCAGGGGUUGAUUGCCCCUGGGUCUAAUGGAUAA